AUCUGAGUCCCAUUAUCCACGUUAGAACCUUAUCAAAACCAGCGCACACGGCAACCAACAACAUUAACCCUCGUACAACAAAACACAAAGAAACCUUGGAAACCCCUUUUUUCUGAUUCCCUGCACUGUUAAACGGUUAACGCAAUAGCAUCAUCCACAAUGGCCAACAAAGAGAUGGAGGUUGUGAAGGGUCUGGACCUGAAGAGGUACAUGGGUCGGUGGUACGAGAUAGCAUGUUUCCCAUCAAGGUUUCAACCCAGUGAUGGCGUGAACACAAGAGCCACUUACACUCUGAAGGAUGAUGGGACUGUGAACGUUCUCAAUGAGACUUGGAGUGGUGGGAAAAGAAGCUACAUAGAGGGAACUGCUUAUAAGGCUGACCCUAAAAGCGAUGAGGCCAAGCUCAAGGUCAAAUUCUAUGUUCCUCCAUUCCUUCCCAUCAUCCCUGUUGUUGGGGAUUACUGGGUUUUGUACAUUGAUGAUGAUUAUCAGUAUGCUCUUAUUGGACAACCUAGCAGGAAAUAUCUUUGGAUAUUAUGCAGGAAGACCCAUUUGGAUGAUGAAAUCUACAACGAGCUUGUUCAGAAAGCUAAGGAUGAGGGGUAUGAUGUGAGCAAACUCCGCAAGACUCCACAGAGUGAUCCUCCACCUGAGGAGGAAGGCCCCCAAGACACCAAAGGCAUUUGGUGGUUCAAAUCCCUUUUGGGGAAAUAGGUAUGGAUAAUAUGUAAUUAGGCUGAAGAACUAUUUCAUGUCAUGAAUAAAGAGAUCAAUAACUCUAAUAGGAGCAAUUUAGUUUGGAUCUCUGUAAUGUAUGUAUUGGCUUGUUCUGUGAAUAGAUUAAGCUGAAAAAAUGUGAACUUUUGUAAAGUUGAUGUUUGAUAUGAUUAUGCUAGUUCUUGUUUUGGUGAGAA